AUCUGAGCUACAUCCCCUCGAUGCUGCAGUAACAACUUUGAUCUUUAUAUCAGCUAAUCUGCUCGCUGCCCUUUAACCGAUCCGCCGCCUACGUCUCGGCGCCGCCAAAACGCAAUGGACUCUGCUUCCGCGUCUGCGUCCUCGCCGGAGGACGAGCCCGAGCUUGCUCCACUGGCGCGCAUGACCACAGUAUCUCGCCACUACUUCGGCGGUGCCUCCUCCGAGCACGACCAUACCCUCCGCGUCGACAUCGUCGAGAAUAUCGAAGAGGAUUACGGGAUGUUCGUCUGGCCGUGCAGCGUCAUCCUCGCGGAAUACGUCUGGCAGCAGAGGCCGCGGUUCUCCCACUCAAGAGUUGUCGAGCUUGGUGCCGGAACCUCGCUACCCGGUUUAGUAGCUGCAAAAGUUGGAGCAGAUGUCACGCUGACAGACAUUGCACAUAAUACAGAAGUGCUGAACAACAUCAGACAAAUAUGCGGGCUCAAUGAUGCCAACUGUAAGGUGGUAGGGCUUACUUGGGGAGAAUGGGAUGAACCUGUAUUUGAUUUGCACCCUGAUAUUAUUCUUGGAGCCGAUGUGCUUUAUGAUUCAGCCAAAUUUGAUGAUCUGUUCGCGACGGUCACCUUUCUCCUUGAAAAUUCUCCUGGGGCAGUGUUCAUUACCACAUACCACAACCGGAGUGGUCAUCAUUUGAUUGAAUUCUUGAUGGUGAAGUGGGGUUUGAAAUGUAUGAAACUCUUGGAUGGGUUCUCUUUCCUUCCCUCGUGCAAGGCUGAUUCACUACAGGGAAACAUCCAGCUUGUUGAGAUUGCACUUGAGAAGGCAAAACCUAAAUGAUCUUCAGUCUUAGGGGACUUGACUGACAGAAUAACCAACAAGGACAUGACAAUAAAAUGUUUGGGCAAUGACGACAUGCAACCGUGUACAUUAGGUAAUUCCAGCAGCUUGCAGAAUCAUCCACCAGAACCUUAGUCUGGAAGGAUUUGUUUGUUUGGAAGGAAACAUUCUCCUUAUUUGGAUUUCUUCAGGAAUUGAACCAUGCAAUAGCUUUGGCAAGUGAAUAUACAAUCUUUUGUGUAAAAUCUGAUCCAGUUAUAAUGACAGAUGUGCAUUGCUUGUUGAUU